GUGUAGUUCAAAUGUUCUAUCAUAACCUAAAAGUUUGUUUUUGAGUUUUUUGCGAUAAAAAUGCUUUAUUUAUUGAUUUUAUUUGGUGAAAUUGUUAUAUAAUGAUCGGUGGACGAUUAAUAAUACUCAUUUUAUAUAUUGUUGGUGUUUAUGUGUUUAGUUUUAUUAUUGGAGUCGCAAAUUUGUUUACUUUUAACAAUGUUUCACUGGAAAGUUUAGUAAACAAAACUUUCGAUUACAUUAUAGUUGGUAGUGGUUCUGCAGGGUCUCUAUUAGCCAAACGUUUAUCACAAAAUAAAAAUCUUACAAUUCUCCUAAUCGAAAGUGGUGGAGAUGUUAGGCCUGGCUUUUUGGACAUCCCAUCAUUGGGUUUAAUGCUACAAGGCACUGCAUAUGACUGGAAGUAUACCACAGUGCCCCAAAAAUGGGGGGCAUAUGGAUUGGCGGGAAAUAGGAGUAAAUGGCCUAUGGGCAAACUGGUGGGUGGCACUGCACAAUUUAACAACCUAAUGUACUUAAGGGGCCAUCCAGAUGAUUUUAAAGAGUGGUAUAAAGAUUUACCUAGUUUUGAUUACAAAAGAGAUAUUUUACCAUAUUAUAAAAAACUAGAAUCAACAGGUGAUUCAUUUUUAAGUAGACUACCUUUUACAUCAUCUGCAGCUGAAUAUGCUCUUAAUGCCUUUAAAAGUUUGGGUUAUAAUGUCAAUAAAAAUCAACUGGAUAGUUUUGUUGGUUUUGGAAGUCCUUACGUCAACAUAAAAAACGGAAAAAGAUGGACAAGUUUCCAUCAAUUAUUAUCACAUGACCGUCCAAAUGUGUUUCUAUUAAGCCACACAACAGCCCUUGAGGUACUUUUUAGAAGUAACUAUGAAGCAUAUGGCGUUAAGUACAUAAGAUCAGGUGAAACUGUUGUUUCCCUGGCUAGACAUGGAGUCAUAUUGUCUGCUGGAGUAAUAGGAAGUCCUAAGUUGUUGAUGAUGUCAGGGGUGGGCGUUAAAAGUCAUCUGCAAAGCGUUAAUAUUGAAACCAAGUUGGAUUUACCGGUAGGUGAUAACCUGCAGGAUCAUAUCACCACAGGAUUUUCUCUGGUGACUUUCAACGACACCUUAGAUUUUGGGGUUGGUAUUAGCACCAUGUUGAACCCUUUAACGGCUCUGGAAUACUUUCGAACGCAAUCAGGGCCGUGGACCACAGUGGGCUGUGAAGUAAAUGGAUUUAUCAACACUAAAAACCCUAAAAAUCCACUGGCACAACCUGAUUUGCAACUCAUGAUGCUACCACUGGGCAUUGAGGAAGAUUCCGGGUUGUAUCUGAGAAAAUUGAUGGGUAUUAGCGAUGCAACGUGGUACAACUACUUCCACCACGUCAACAAAUCCAUCGCGGUGUUGCCAGUUCUGCUGCACCCGAAAAGUAGAGGUACAGUGCGUCUCGAAAGCAAAAACAUCGAUAAACAACCCUUGAUAGAUCCCAACUAUCUCAGCGUGGAAGACGAUGUCGAAACUUUAUACGAAGGAAUACAAAUCGUUAAGAAAUUUGUCGACGCAGAGCCGAUGCGAAACCUUGGCGCGGAACUGAACGCUCUACCCCUGCCAGGUUGCGAACAUUUGACGUUCGACAGCGAGCCCUAUUGGUUCUGCUACCUACGUCACAUGACGUACACAGCCUACCAUCCGGUUGGAACUUGCAAAAUGGGCGCGGACGACGCUAGCGUGGUAGGUUAUGAUUUCAAAGUCAGGGGUACCAAUCGGUUGUACGUUGUUGACGCCUCAGUGUUCCCAACCUUAACCAGUGGGAAUGUUAACGCAGCUGUCUUGAUGAUGGCUGAAAAAGCUGCUGAUGUCAUUUUGGAGCAGUUAUUUUUGAAAACAGGGUUUUGUUGUAUACUUGAGAUAUUUAAAAUGAAGACUGUAUGUGAGAUAUGAAACCAUUAUUUUUAGGAAUUAUAAUAAUAAACUAA